GUAGUCGUACAACGGUGAACUCCACACAAUUUAUUUGUAUCUGUAUUGCCUUCGGUACAUUACAUCCACCCGUCUUUCCUUUGCCAUUCCACUGCAAUGUUAUGGAGUCCCCCCAUAUUUCUGCAGAUGAUGCUCCCCUAUCGGAGGUUCAUGGCCUAUUAGUGAUGUCUCCACUCCCGCCCUCCUCACCGCUCACUCCCUCGCCUCCGUCACCCGAAUGGCCGCCUUCCGUGCUCCCGUCAAUUCCGCGCGGAACUGUUCCGAAUUCGACUGGCGAAAACAAUCCGACAGGCGGGCUGUCAUUGCUUGUCGGUCCACACAUUGCGGCUGACAUUGGAGUCCCAACUGCUUCUCCUAUCCCUGAGUAGUAGUGGUCCCAUCUGGUCAUCCCCAAUCAAUGGGAAGACUCACGAAAUUCGGAAAAUGCAGCGUCGUGCGAAAGGCUUGAAGCAACGCAAUGGUACGUUGCGACAGCAGCGAGAGGAUCGCAAACAUAGGCACGGCCACGAUCUUGCUGCUGCAAACACAAGCUUUGGCACCGAGUCCAACGCCAGCAGCAGUCGAUUGCCUGCAAAUGAAGAUGGACCGCAAGUGGCAGCUGCAUCCCGCCGGCCGCGCGAAGAAGUGCUUGAUGAAGUCCUAUCCAUCCUUAGAGCAGAGGGGUACACCUGGGGCGAUCUUGUGCUCUACCUCUCUGACCCAGCAUCAAAGAGAGGCGAUGAGCGGUACGAGGGCAUGUUCGACAUUCCGGGACGCAUCGAACAAGUGCUUACCUAUUGGACGUCGUCGCGCAACAGCCCUACAGGUCGUCAAGCGGUGCAUGUGUGGGCUUUGGACUAUGUCGAGAAAGCCAUCCGGCGAGAAGGAACUCGGGCCACCAAAGACGGUGUCCUGCAGUCGCGGAAAAUGGUGGUGGAUGACGGAUUCCUGUCAAGAUUCAAUCUGUCCAAGAUCUACGACCGCCUCACCGCCCUGUGUCCCAUCAUGACUAGCCUGUUGAGGGAGUUCUCAACCACAGCUCGACAGCGGAGGUUGCGCACCAAUACUUCCGCACAUCGCAAUGAUCUGCGUGUUGGUACUGCUCUGAUGGGUCUCCUAGCUGAGCGCAGUCAGCAGAACAGUUACGGGCGGCACGUACUUGGCCUGUACCUCUAUGCGACAGGCGCGCAGCGCCAGUGUAUCAGCAUUCUCUCGCAUCUGGGCAUAUGCAGCAGCUAUACUGCCAUCGCAGGGACGCCAGGUUCAAGAACCGCUGCCAUGUUGAAGUCGCAGGUGAACGGUGCCGAGGACAGCUCAGAUGAAGAGUCAGAGAAAGCUGAGGGUUCAGACUCCGGUUCCGAGUCAGAGUCGUCAUCUGAAUCCAGUUCUGACAACAGUACAAGCAGCGGCGAAGUUGAAGGAGCGCGGAGCAUGCCAGUGGUACCACAGCUACAGAGUGUUCGGGAUCCCGACGGCAUAGACGAGGAAGAACCCGAUGAAGGCAUUCAAGGCAGCGACAUCAGCCUUGCCGCAGAACUCAAGCGACUAGGCGCAGGCCUCCUCCGGCGUUUAUCUGAGGCCUGUCGCUGGAAAACGCGUGCAUUAGCCCUUGCUCAGGAACUCGCCCAUGUUUACGACAACAUCAACUGGAUCCUGCGUGCGGCUGAGCAGACUGUGGGCCACAAGGAUUCUAUCGAAAACGGCACCUGCGCAACAGUCUUCCCACUCCAUGAUGCCCCGCGUACUGCCAUGCGCACAACCGAUUUCCUUCACGCCUUCGAGACGGCUCCUCCUCUCUCACUAGACGACAUUCUCCUGGAUCCAACCGAGAUGCAGACUUUCAACAAGAUGCUUGAACACGCUGUUCUGCGCAUCAUAGUAUCGAACGGUGGUCCUGCAUUCGCCCGUUUCACACCCGACGUCGAUGAAAGCCUCGUCUCUACCUCAGAAUGCAUCGUGCUUCGCAAGACAGAAGUAUAUCCGCUCCGAGCGAUGAACAUUGAGGAGGCCAGCAUCAAGGGCAAUGCAGAGGUCAUGGAGGCAAUGUUCCGUGAGCUCGGUCACGAUCUAGAGUCCACUGCCUUCACCGAAACAGUCAAGCUCGUCUUCGGAGACCAGCUCUCGGUUGCCCGUCUUCGAGCCGUCAUCAGCAAUCGCGCUGGUCACGACUCGCUCUCUCAAUCCAUGCUUUUCGCGGCGUUUGCCCCCGGUUUCUUUCACUAUCAGAUGGCAGCAACAUACGGGUUCCUCGAGACUCACUGGGGCAACCCUCAUCUCGGCCACCAUGAUCCCGCGUGCCUCUCGUGGCAUAAUACGGUGCUCGAUCGUAAGCCGUUCCUUCUGACCAACCGCCCACCAUAUCGCGUUGCGCGAGACCUCAUCUUCCAUUCCUUGUACGGUCGCCUGAUUCAUUGCCUCGAGCUUGUCACUGGCUGCGAUAGCCUUGACGAAUACGCGGAGAAUGUUACAUUCGAAGACUUGCAGGCGCACGUCACAGAACUUGUAUCCCGGUUUGUCAGCGCGAGCGUCGUGUCCCAGCUCCGCAGCGCACGCACGCGAGAACUCCUGACAGUACAACGGGACAAUACCUCGGACCCUGAUGCGCAACCUCAUGUUCCGCGCCAAGGUGACAUGGUCUUCGAGAAUGCCAGCCUCUUCCUUCGAGACGCGCUCAUCCUCCGAGAGUUCGCUGACGCAAUCAAGGCUGGAGACUCAGGCCGGAUCGUCAUUGUGCUCAAGGUAUUGGCACUCAGCUACCGAGGGAGUGGCCGAACGAAGUACGCUCAGGAGGCUCUGCACGUCAUACACAAUCUGACGCAUGUGUGGCCGAAACCGUUACGCGCGAUCAUACUGAACAAUUGGCUCGUCAAUACAACGGGGAAACCUAAUCAUUGGUAUCCCGUUGAUCUACUACAAGAGCAUAACAUUUUCUGGACGAAGACAAUCUACAACGCGCAGGGCAGCGGAGCCUCAUGGGACUGGCUGGAGAUGAUCUCCCCCUGUAUCAACUCCCUGCGACACCUUGUGACAUCAAUGAACGAUGCCUUAGGAUCGCGCCUAGGUACCACGCACGCCGCACCCGACCUCCGACGCGACAUCGAAGAACUUCGACGAUCACUCACAGAUGCUAAUGUCUACAAGGUGACACCGGGACGCACUAUUGACGGCGACAAGGCUGUCGUGCCCAAUGUCAUCACAAGCGGGGUGACGCAGCUUGCGGGACCGCUCAGGGAAUACAACGCGAUGUUCGCCCGGAUGAAGAAACGCCGUCGACGAACAUCGCCUCUAGUGGGCGGCGCGAACAGCGCUUCUGCUGCGCGGGUCCAUUCGACAAGUGGCGGUUCGGCCGCGGUACACGCUGAUGCUGAUGAAGACAUGAUAGACGUGGAGGAGAUGUCGGAUUGCGAGGAUGGGGAGGACGAGGAGGAGGUGGAUGACACGGAACACUGGCUAGAGCACGAACAAUUUUUCACAUUGGAUGAAGAGGGCGACGUAGACCCGUAUCUUGACUAAUUCACGAGAUGUACUGCAACCAAUGAUGAGUUAUGCAUGACCGAAAA